GAGAUGUGACGAAUGUCCCAAUACCUAACUGGUUUAAUGUUCAUCUUGGUACACAGUCUUAUUCCUCAGAUUUUAACAUCUGAAGCCAUGUCCAUAUAGUUGGGCGUCAACAGAACCACGCACUUUGGAAAAUAAACAGCAACGUUUACACUCCGAACGUCACUGAAAAUAUGGCUCGAUUCGGUGUCCUGACCUCUUGUCAGAGGUCUUAUUCCACCUUAUCUGGGAUAUAGUUUGUCUGGACAGAGAAGGUCGCUAUAAGCGCCGUCUUGAGCGAGGUAUAACGUUAUCUAUAGCUGUCACGUUAUCGGUAAUAAUAGAACCAGAAAUAUACACAAGCUAGUCUUAGACGGAUACAUGAGCCAUUAUACCAUUUCAAACAAGUAUGUCGAAUGUAACCAUGAAGAUGUGGAGAUGGUGUGUCUAUCAACAAUGACAUUUUUGUAUCGUUUGAAUGAUGCAUAUUUUUUUUUUUUUUUUUUACCAAUAAUCAAUUAAUAGAUUACGUUGUUUACCAAUCAUGCAAUAAUGGAAUAGGUUGUUUUCACAUAAUGGAUUAAUGGAUUACGUUGUUUAUUAAUAACGGAUUCAUGGAUUACGCUGUUUACUAAUCAUGGAUUAAUAGAUCACAUUUUUACCAAUCACGGAUAGAUGGAUUAAGCUGUUUACCCAUGAUGUAUUAAUUAAUUCCAUACUUUGGAUUAAUGGAUUGCGUUGAUUACCAAUAACGGAUUAAUGAAUUACAAAUCAUUGAUGGAUGGAUUACGUUUUUUAUGAAUGGUGGAUUAAUGCAGAAAGAUGUUUACCAAUACUGAAUUCAUGGGUUACACCGUUUAAUUGUGAACCGAAUCUAAAAUUUGUGUUGGAAGCACACAAGUAAUCUAUAACGGAUAAGGAUUGUUUUGGGUUUUUCUGCAUUCUGUUGGAUUUCCUACUUUCAUCGCUUAGGUAUCAGAUAGUUAACAGAAUGCGGAUAGCUUAAUUGUAGUUGUUUAUCACAAUGAAAUAAAAGUGUUAGAUAAUUGAACAAUUCCUUCUUCAUACAUUCUAUUUUUUUUUCUCAUUUUUUUUUCAACUGAAAUGUCUUGUUAUGAGAACAUUUCCACGUGUGUAUGGAAGAUCCGCCAUAUUGCUCUUGCUGGUGUUAUGAUUUUGACUCUAUUAUUAUAUUACACUACACCACAUUCGGCUGUAACCCAUUUGCCAGCGCCUCGUGAAAGGAUGGAAUUGUCUCAUGUCGAACUUUCUGGAAAACAAUUACUAUAUGUUGAUUCAAAUAGACCCGUGAAAAUUUUUAAUGAAGAAGAAGAAUCUUGCCAGCCUAGGAAGUUAUCUUUUUUGCCAGGUAGACCAAAAUAUCGCACGGCAUUGCUAAGUUUUCCUGGUUCUGGGAACACAUGGGUCAGACAUCUUAUACAGGAGCUGACAGGUUUCUACACCGGAAGCAUCUACCAGGAUAAAACUCUCGCAAAGAACGGGUUUCCGGGAGAACUGGAGCCAGUCACCAAUCCCAGUAGGCAUUGCAUUGUGUACAAAAGUCAUCAGGCUACCACUAAAACACUUCAGCCAUUCAACAAAGCAUUAAUCAUUAUAAGAAAUCCUUUAUAUGCAAUCAAGUCUGUUUUUAAUUUCGAAUAUUCCAGAGAGAAACAAUCGGACCAAAAACAGUUCAUGAAUGUAACCAAAAAUGUGGAGGGAAGAUCAAGGAAAUCAAAACUAGUAAUCCACAAUGUGACGUCACGAAACAAGCAUGUAAACCACGCUGACACUUCCCUAUUUCAUACCGAAAAGUGGAGAUCGUUUGUGAAUGAAAAACUAAGACGAUGGAAGAAGAAAAACAUAUUUUGGAUGACGACAUUCCAACAUAACUGCGCGAUUGUCUUGUAUGAAUCAUUGAAGUACAAUUGUUCGUCCGAGUUGCUGAGGAUUGGGAGAUUCCUUGGAGUGAAUUUACAGCCGAAGGACGUGUGGUGCACGUUAGUGAAUAAAGAGGGAAGGUUUCACCGCCCCGCUAUGAACAAGACGGCGCCAAGUUUGCUCGGUCUAUACACUCCUAUACAAAGAGAAGAAAUUCGUAAAUCUAUCUGUGAAGUGGCUAACGUCGCUAGAAAGCUGGAUAUCGACAUAGACAUUGCUAAGUAUUUGGUGAAUUUAUCAGAGAAAUCUGAAACUGUGUGUUAAUCCAUAAACCAAAAGUUUUACAUUGCGAGUCUGAUAGGGCUUCGUUUGCAACCUGCUGUUCAGGCGUGGCACGAGGUAAAUAAAAUCAUGAUCAUAUGAUUUUUACAAAAAUUAACGUUUGUUUUUAGAUUUUCUUAUAGAUGAUAUAUAGCAGAUUGGUAAAGUGAAUAAGAUAAAAUCAAUUUUCUCAACUCUCAGGAAAAUGAACUACUGAUACACUGAGCCACAAUAUAGACGGUCAAAACUUACUAGGAACCUUUAUAAAUGGAGCAGUGUUGACUUAACCUUUUUUGCAUAAAAACUCACAGUAAAGUUUUUGGGGUAUACGUUUUCGACAGUCUUCAAAGUCCAUAUAUAUAUAUAUAUAUAUGCAUCCUAAACAUCCCACCUUUUAUAGAUACAAGCAUCAGAACGGUGAUGUUACGGCAAAACAAUGCUGAUUGUUUUCACAUUGAUAAUUCUAAGCCUUCGACUUUGUGACUAGCCCAAUCUGCGGAUUGACUUCUGUCUCCAUGUUUGCCGGUUUGAAAGGUAAAACGGCUUAUAAUAUUAUGUGCUUGACGUUCUAUUGAAAUUGAAAGGCAGGUUUAAUUAAGAGCCUUUUGCACCUUCCCAUCCAGAUGUUGAAAUUUAUUUCAGCUUCCAGUUUCGCCUUUCACUUCAAAGGAAUAAAAUGUUUAAGCUUUUAUAAGGCAACCAACCACUCUAUGGUGCAAUUAAAUUCAUUGUGUCUCUACUAUGCUAAAUUCUCGCUUUUGUAUUAAACUGUGGUAAGACGGGUGUCUUGUUGGUCUUCUGUGAAUACCUUAUCGCCUAUUUAAAAAAAGUACACUUUAAAAUUUCAAUUUGUUUUUAUCAUCUUGUUAUCACAAAAAAGGUUAGUGUAACAAAUUUCAUUAUAUUACAAAUAACAAAUCAGUUCUAACAAAAAAUGUUAACAAAUAAGUAAUUUACAAUAAAUAAGCGAUGCCUAUGAAUGGUCCGUGAGUAAGUGUACGUUUUUAAAGUUUUUUUGUUUUUGUUUUUGUUUUUGUUUUUUCGUUUUUUAUAUUUGCAUGUUGUUUUUGCUGGUGAAUGUUCUGAAACUUAAUAGAUAAGUGAUGUAUAUAAAUGGUCCGUGAGUAAGUGUGUGUUUUUAUUUCGUUGUGUAUUUGCAUGAUGUUUGUUCUGGUGAAUAAAUGUUCUGAAACUUA